AUGCCCGGUAGCUACGGGUACAACGACGGCCGCGCCUUCGUCGCCGGCGGCGCUAAGAAGGAGAGUGGGAAGAAGAAGGUUGCGAAGGCAUUGCUAAAGGGCGUUGGGAAGGUGCUUGGUAGGGGCAGUGAUGGGCAUGGACAUGAUGGGCACGGGCAUCAUGGUGAUGGGGGACAUGGCGGUGAUGGUGGGGGAUUGUUUGGUGGGCAUGGUGGGCAUGGAGAUGGUGGUGGAGGUGGAGGAGGUGGCGAUGGCGGCGGCGGCGGUGCCUGGAUCAAGGAGCUGGACUGGGUCUAUUGCGACGAGGUUGGUUCGAAAGACUGGAAGAAAGGCUUGUGGAAAGGCCAUCCGAGCUGGGUUCCGAACUCAACAGUGCAGCGGAGCAGUGCGUCGAGUCAUGUGUUUGCAUUCUGA